AUGGAUACCCUCAUGGAAGACCAUGACAUAGUUCGGUCGCUAGAUGGCACUGGUGAGCUGAGAGAGCUGGUAAACUUGAAGAAAUGGAUUGCAGUCGUAGACUUCUGUGAAAGGAAGGCUAAGAAAGGUGACCAAGGGGACACUUUGCAGUGUCUCAGAGCUAUCGCGCUUCUUCUCGAUAGUCGACCAAGUAAGAAAGAUGCAGGAUGCCAAGAGCUAGAAGCACUCCUGGACCGUACACCACCUGUCAAUACGCCAUCUGCAUUAGCGCUUCUCGACGGAUUACAAGAUGCCAUUAGCCCAAAUGAAUUGCUUGCAACAAAGCUUCAACGUGCGUGGGAACGUGCAGCGACAUCUACCCAGCUCGGUGAUGGGCUUCUCAAAGCAUGGUUUCAAGCGAAAUUCAGAAGAGCAUUGUACUUCGAAGCCAAGCAGGUAUGGCUCCUACCUCGUCAAGUCUUUAACGCUUUUGGUGCAUAG